AUGGCUGUAGAAGAAAAUUCAUUUUCAAUUGGUAUUGACUUGGGAACUACCUUCUCUUCUGUUGCUUAUUAUGACCCUGUUAAAGGGGAACCUGUUGUACUUCAAGACGAAACAGGAAAAGAACAAGUAGCAUCAUGGAUUAGUAUUUCACAACUAGCUACUAGUGGCUUCGCUGUUGUAGGAAAUGUUGCCAGAUAUGAUAUUCACAGUGAAUGUAUUAUUUAUGAUAGUAAGAGAAUUAUAGGAAGAGAUGAAAGUGAUGUUAGUUAUGAUGAUCGUGAACAUUGGCCUUUUGAAGUAAAAGGAAAAGAUAAUGGAAGUGCUUACAUUGAAUGUUAUAAUCCAAAGACUCAAGAAAGUGAAGAAUUUGAACCAGAAGAAAUUAGUGGAAUGAUAUUGAGAUAUUUAUAUGAAAAUGCACAAGCAAAACUUGGUAAUCAUCCAAUAUCAAAUGUUGUUGUUACUGUUCCAGUUGAUUUUAAUGAUAGACAAAGAAAUGCAACAUUAUUAGCAUGUAAAUUAGCAGGAAUUAAGAAUGUUGAACUUGCUAAUGAACCAACAGCGGCUAUUGCUGGAUAUAAAAGAGUAAAAGAAUAUCCAAAUUCAUUAAAAAAUGGAGAUAAGGUUGUAGUAAUUGAUUUUGGAGGAGGAACAUUAGAUGUGUCAUGUUGUAAAAUAGUAAAUGAUAAUAUUAUUGUAGAAUCAUCUGGAGGAAAUCAAAAUUUAGGAGGAAAUAACUUUGAUAAUGUAAUGAUUGAUAUUAUUAAAGAAAGGAUAGAAGAAAGUAUUCCAGGAUAUUAUGAAAAGAAACAAGGAAUGACUCAAAAAGAAAAGAUAGCACUCAACAAGAAAUUAGUUAAAUUAAAGAAAGAAUCAGAAAAAAUUAAAAUUGUAUUAAGUGGUAAGACUGAAACAGAACUAGAUUUAGAAACUUUGUUAUCUAAUGAUUAUGAUGAUGAAUAUGAUAUUGAUCCUACUAUUAAGAGAGAAGAAUUUGAAAAAGAAUGUGAAAAUAGAGGACUAUAUGAAGAAUUUAUUAAUAAAAUAAAACAAGUUACUCAAAAAAAAGGAUAUAAAAAAGGAAAUGUUAAAUUAAUAUUAUUAAUUGGUGGAACAUGUAAAAUGCCAAGAAUUAGAGAUGAAGUUGCUAAGUUAUUUGAUAGACAAACAUUUGCUAAUAAGGAUUUUAACCCACUUACUGCUGUUGCAAAAGGUGCUGCUUAUUUAUCAUUUUUAGCUCAAGAAACUGCUAUUGGUCAUGAAGUUAUAUAUGAUAUUGUUCCAACACCAAUUGGAAUAGAAGUAAAAGGGGGAAAAUUUGAAAUACUUAUUAAAGAAGGAGAAACACUUCCUACAAAGGGAAUAACAAAAAGGUACUCUACAACAAAACUCAAUCAAACAUCUGCUAAAUUUAAUAUUUAUAAAGGAUUUAAUGAAUAUGUCAACUCUCCUGAAAUGGAAUACAUUACUACACUUCGUAUUGAUGGAAUUCCUAAUGGAAAAGCUGGAGAACAAUCAUUUGAAUUUACAAUUAACGUUAAUAAAAAUGGAAUGAUGGAAUUAAGUGCUUCUGUUGUUGGAAGUGAUGUUAAAGGAGAUUUAAUUGUUAGUGUUGAUUUAUCUAAAAAAGAAGAAGGUGAAAUUGCAAAAUUAAUAAAACAUUUCGAGCUAUUCUAA